AUGUCUGAGGUACUCCCUACCCGUUCCUUGGGCCGAGAUGGCCCUAAAGUCCCAGCACUCGGAUUGGGGCUCAUGGGUCUUAGCUCAUUCUAUGGUGUCCCGCCGUCGGAUGAGGAGCGCUUCGCGUUCCUCGACCGUGCCCAUGAGCUCGGCUGUACCCACUGGGACUCCGCGGCCUUGUACGGCGACAGCGAGGAGCUAUUGGGGAAAUGGUUUCGACGGACAGGGAAGCGAAAGGAUGCGAUCUUGUUAUUUACGCCGAGGCAGAUUUUCCUGACUACCAAAUUCGGCAACUGCAUGACUCCGGAUGGGGGUCGUGAGAUACGAAACGACCCUGGGUAUAUUCGCAGGUCGAUCACUGAGAGUCUGAGGAGGCUCCAGACCGACCAUAUUGAUCUGUUGUAUUGUCACCGUAUCAGCGGCGAGACUCCGAUUGAACAUAUUAUUGCCACCAUGAAGGAUUUCGUCGACGCCGGCACGGUGAGGUACUUGGGGCUGAGUGAGUGCGGUGUCGACACGCUCCGGCGUGCCGUCAAAGUGCACCCAAUCCACGCCUACCAGAUCGAGUACAGCCCGUUUUCAAGGGACAUCGAGCUCCCAGAGAUCGGGUUACUCAAGACCUGCCGCGAGCUGGGAAUUGCUACCGUGGCUUACUCACCCCUCGGCCGCGGAGUGCUGACGGGCCAAUACAAGUCGCCAGAAGACUUUGACGAGACCGACUUUCGGAGGUCUAUCCCGCGCUUCUCCCGCGAGAACUUCCAUAAGAAUGUGGAGCUAGUUGACAUGUUACAGGGCAUCGCCGCUAAGAAGGGUUGCACUUCCGGCCAGCUGUCGCUAGCCUGGCUGAUGAAACAGGGAGACGACAUAUUCCCCAUCCCCGGAACCAAGAAGAUAAAGUACCUCGAGGAGAAUGUUGGGGCCUGUGCGGUUUGUCUCACCGACGAGGAGGACAAGGUGAUCCGGGAGGCGAUUGAGAAUACGGAGGUGUAUGGCACGAGGGUUGCUGAGAGCCUGAUGGACGCCCUUGUUAAGGACACGCCCCCUCUGACUUGAGCUCCGGAGAAUUGGCAGAAGUUUUAUGCCGUGAAGUAGCAAAGCAGCUGUCAUAAUAUUUGAGUAAACAUAGCCUGAGCGGAGAUGAUCCCUGUACCUGAACUAGUACGAUUGCAACCGUACCUAGAGCUCACUCCCUCCCUUUUCCCCGGCCCGGUGAUGCGUCUCUGUAGACGCGGAGAAAAGGGAGUCGUCACGAAGACUACUCGACGUAUUAGUGAAAUCACGUCAGACUGCGGGAGAAGACGAGGUGACGCGGAUACGGGAUGUACAUGUGUACAGGUGGCCUGAAUCUCGAUCCUUCGAGGUCCCUUGUUAAUUUGCUGAGUGGCUUCUGUCCUGUCGUAAUCGACGAGUAGCUUAUAACCUGUUCAUAGCAAGUAGCCCAGGCGCUGUGGCCAGGUAGAUACCGCCUCGGAACCCGAGGGACACAUUGUUCGUGGGGUUUGGGAGCGUUCUGGUGUCAGCGGUGAUUGCUGCUCCGCGUGAUGAUUGCACAGGGAGAUGAUGGAGCUCCGUCGUAGCGGAUACCGGAGGGGCCUGCUGCCGGAGGAUCUGGAGCUGGACAUCUCGUGUCCAGUGGGCCCCAACCGCAGUUCCGGCUUGGAAUGCCUCCGGAGUGCUCUAUGGUAGCCGUCAUCCUCUAGCCUUUAGGAGGGCGACUACUUCAUAAGGCCAUCAUGCGAUGAGACCUCAUCUGCAAGAUUUGCGGAUCUUUGCAGAACAACAACCA